CUCGACCCCACCAUCACCCCUCCAUUCACCAUCAGCGCAACAUUCUGAGAGCACAGAAGCUCUACACUAAUACAUAACUUUAGCCCCAUAUAAACACUCGAGUUUCGCGAAUCAAACAUCGUCAUGGCAUACAACUUUGUGCGCUCGUACAUAGACACCUUCCGGGAGCGGACCGCCGCCAUCAGCCACACCUCCACAUUCCGCGAGACUGGGCAGAUUACACCAGAGGAGUUUGUCCUUGCUGGAGAUUUCUUAGUCUUCAAGUUCCCUUCGUGGCAGUGGGCAGACGCUUCGUCGCCGGCAAAGCGAGUCCCGUAUCUGCCAGAAGGAAAGCAGUUCCUUGUUACUCGUGGCGUACCAUGCCACCGCCGUCUUGACGACAACUUCGCUGGGGAAGCUGGGCAAGACGAGACAAUAGUGGGUGACGGUUUUACAGCUGGUGAGGGCGGUGCAGACGACGAUGGCUGGCUGAGGACUGGUGGUAUGGCAGCAAGCCAGGAAGCUAAGGUCCGCGACGUCCGAACAGUUGAUGAGAGCGGCAACCUUGGCGCAGCUGAGGAGGAAGAUGAGAUUCCAGAUAUGGAGGAUGAUGAAGACGACGAGGAGGCGAUCAUAAGAGAUCCGCAGGCUGGUUCAAACACACAAGCUCCUCUACGAACCUACACCCUCUAUAUCACAUACUCGGCGCACUACCGAACUCCCCGUUUAUACUUAUCCGGCUAUGGUUCAACAUCAGUACCACUGAAACCGCAGGAGAUGAUGGAGGACAUUGUUGGAGACUACAAGGACAAGACAGUCACCAUCGAGGACUUCCCCUUCUUCGAGCACGCCCUCAAGACAGCAUCGGUACACCCUUGCAAGCAUGCCUCUGUCAUGAAGGUGCUCCUCGACCGCGCAGAUGCUGCUUUGAAACUACGUCUUGCAAAGCUCAAGGCGGGUAAAGAUGUGAGCAAGCUCGACAGCGGUAUGGAGGCCCUCGUGGACGACACAAGACUUCUCAAGCUCACCGAGCAAGCGAAGAAUAAGGGUGGAGACGAGACCAAGGACGACUGGGAAGUGCUUGAGGAGCAAGACGAUGAGGUCGCGAUUCGUGUGGAUCAGUAUCUUGUUGUCUUCUUGAAGUUCAUGGCUAGCGUCACGCCAGGCAUCGAACAUGACUUCACGAUGGGGGUGUAAUGGCUGGGAUUCAUAUGAGCCAUGCGGCAUUUCAUGUGGUUUUUGUUCCCUCGGGUGUUGUUGGAGUUUUGCUAAGGCCGAUCAGCAUAACAGGC